CAUGUUGCGUUUUCCCGCUAUUAUCAUUACUGUGGUGGUUUCAUGUUUAUAAUAUUUUUAUGAGUAGUUUGUUUUUUUCGAACGGGCGAAAAACUCGGGUGCCUUUUUUUCUUACUGAAUUAGUUUUGUUUUUUUUCUUUAAAAAGUGAAUAAAUAUUUUUUAAAAAAAGAAUGGUGAACCGGGAUAUACUCAGAUCCUUCAACGCGAACUGUAAGGACUAUUUCUUGCACAGGACGGCCGAAUCCUGUUCAAACGUUCAGAGGUGUUUACAGAUCCUUGGUGCAACAUCAGAUCCCAAUUUAUAUGACCCCGGAAGCAGAGAUGUAGUCGAAUUUUUCAUAAAUCUCUACGAACUCCUCAUCAGCGUAGAUGUGCACUCUCACCUCAACUGGCUUGCGAUCAACGUCCUACUCGAAGCGUGUCGCAAUGUCAAAACACGAGAGUCCCUUGUUCACACUUACAAAUUCACGUCAAUCCUUACAACUGUCCUUCUCGAAACACAAGCGCUAGAAAAGAGAUUAAAAAUAUUACAACUCCUUAAGGAAUUGACUUACGGCAUUAAAAUUACAUGGCAAGAAGCUUAUUUGCCUUCCCUUAUAACGGCACUUACAAACUGGAUUAUGGGAGAUGAUGUGGAGUUUCUUCCUUUGUCAUUAAGCAUCCUGGUCAAUUUGUGCUAUCAGAAUAUGCCAUCAAUUUACACUCUACUGAGAGCAGUCAAUAUCAAAAAAUUUUUAAAAUCCAUACUUAAAAUUCAAAAACAAUAUGAUCCGUCACGGAUAGAGGUGUCAAAGCUACUAAUAAUAUUGGAAGGUAUAUCAGGCGGUUUGCCAGACCAAGAAGUGCAUGCUUUUAUUAGAGUAACAUUUCCAAAUUUGGUAGAGGCCCUUAACACGGGAAACUAUUUUAUGAUGAGACACCAUGUGACUUUUUUCAAGGAGACCAUGAAAAAUCCGAGGACGAGUAAAAUACUUGAACAAUAUCCUAAUUUUAGAGGCAACAUGGAAUACCUAAUUUCAAAAAUCAAAGAAGAUAGUAAAAUCCACCAAAACUGUCUCGCCAUCCUUUUUGAGUUUUUAACGUGCAUCACACAAUUGGACAACCUCGACUUGGAAGUUUUCUUCCCGCAGUUGAUGCGUUUCGCCCUGAGGUGGGUGCGGACGACGAAUGUCUCGACCGAGGCCUUAUCCCUCCUCUGCACAAUAACCAACAGGCUUUUCAAGAAGAAAGAAAUCGACAGGGAUUCGGAACAGAGGCAAGAGGUGAUCCAAAGAGUCUUUGAAGUCCUCGAAGAUCAGCUAGCGGUUAUUAUGCUUCUUAUGGAUGAACCGGAGAGUGAACUGGGCUCCUGUGAAAUGUACAGCAGGCACACAGCGCUUAUGUCCCUGUUGGGAGAAAUGAUUAACAUACCAAAAUUUACUGAUAAAAUUAUGACUUCUUUAUCACUUGAUUUACUGAGGCAGUUGUUUUUACCACUGAAAAAACCAAACCUGAAAGACAGUGGAUUUUUUCAAGAGCCUGUUUAUACAUUUUAUGUUCAAGCGCUUCUUUUUAUCUCAGUUCUUGCGGGUAAAGAAUCGAGUUGGUCAUCGUUGUACAGUGAACUCCUGCAAGAAAGAUCGAUCCAGCUGAUAUUGUCAAUCGCCUUAUUCAUCGGGCAGGAAGACUUGAAGAAAAAGGCGCUCUCGCUUUUAAAGACAACAGGAUUUUCCUCAGAAUGCAUGGACAUACUUGCAUCUAACAUGAUGAAGGUAAAUAAAUUAAUCAUAUUUUCACCCGAAAAAGAUUUUAAUGGGGAAAAUAGUGGAAAUGUUUACGAAAGCGAGCCCAACAAUUGUAGCAUAAGGCAAAUCGACCUCGUCCCGUUGCUCUCCAGUACACAAGAGAGCUAUUUGAACACUCUGCUUGAAAAAUAUGAAGCUGUUAAUGUUAAUAGUGAGAAUGUCAUGGUUUCAUCGAUCAUGGAAUUGUACCAGUAUAAGAUGAGUGCUAUGGAACAGACAUUGAGGCACAUGCAGUCAAGUCAAGAAGCAGCCGACAGGCGGGCGACCAGCCUCCAGCACAAUCUAUCUCGCACUACUACCGAAAUAUCGUGGUUGCACAGCUUGCUUCACAACACCCAGCAAAAGCUGGAGGUUAGCAUUGCAGAAUCGAAGAAGCUGAAUUCUCAAAUUUCAGAAAUACAAAGCCAAGCGAAUGAGACCCACGUUAAAUACACUCAGCUUGUCCAGACAUUGCGAUCCAAAACACUUAUAAUAAACGAGUUGGAGGAAAAAUGUAAAGAAUUGAACAACUGUAUAAAAAACAAGAAUAAUGAAAUUGAUAUGGUGAAGAAAGAGGUGGAAGUGGAAGGGCAAAAAAUUGUCCAGCUCACACAAACAAUACAGGACAGAAACAAUACAAUAGAAGAACUUGAAAAAGAAAAGGCCAGAUUACAGGGAACAAUAAAUGAUUUAACCAAAGAGUUAGAAAGUGCAGAGCAAAAAUUGAACGAACUUGAAACAGAUUUGUCAGUUCAACGUGGUGUCACAGCUGACCUGGAAGCGGUGAUAGAACAGAAAAAUGAUGAAAUUGCAGAAGUGAAAAAGGAGCUUGAAGAGCAAAAACGAGUCAGGGAGAUUAUAUCUGAAUUAGUUAUGGAAAAGGGGAAAUUUAGCAAAUAAUAAAUGUCUUUUAUAUUUAUUAACUUAUCUACAAUUAUUCAAUUACAACUAUUAACGUCUCUUGUAAUUAUAUAUAUAUAUAUAUAUUUUUUUUUUAAAUCUUUCCUUAUGUGAAUUUUUCCAGAGCCUAUCAAUAUUUUGAAGAAUCUAGGAAGAGUUUCGAAGGAGUUAAAUAAUAUUAUAUAAUGUGAACUAAAAUUGAAGUUUUUUUUUUUAAUUUGCAGCUAAAUUUUAGCUAAAAUUGUUUUGCUCUUGAAUGGAUUGUGAUCUAUGUACAUACAAUUUUAAACUGUAGAAAAUUUGUAUCUUAACUUA